GGUGUAGGCCCUAGCAACGCCCCACCCCAGUUGAUGUUGCCCUAGCGACGCCCCGCCCUCGCCACCCAGAGCCCUAGCAACGGCCAGGUAACCCCGCCUCCCCCCUUGCACAGAGCCCUAGCAAAGCCCCGCCGGUACUGCUGAGGCGCAUAGCAACGCCUACAUUCUCCCCUGAACCCUAGCAACGGUCCACUACGCCCCGCCCCGCAGCUCCGGGACCUAGCAACAGCCCCGCCCUGUCCCUCAAGGCCUUGGCCACUUUGGGCACAAACACGCGGGUUCUGAUUGCGCUCCAUCUCGGCGCUUCCCGCGGAGCCGUAGCAACAAAGGCUCCAUAGUGGAGGGCCCUGGCAACGCCCCGCCCCGCCGCCCUCCUCCAUAGCGACACCACGCCCCCUCAGGCUCCGCCCGCGUCUGGGCGGGGCUCUCGGCAGCGCUUCCUCCUAGCAGCCGCGCGCGCUUCUUGUAGCCCGUGGCCGCCGGGCCGCUCCACCAGACUCAGGCCAAAUCUGGCCGAUCCGGUCGAGGCCCCGGCAGGCGGAAGAAGGGAGGCAUCAUGUCGGACCCCAGCUACUGGACCGCGGUGGCGGCCCCCGGACACCGCAGCCGCCUGGCCAAGGGUGCACUGCUACAGCGUUCCAAAAGCUGCCGCAGUGGUAACCGCAAGAGCCUAGUCGUGGGGACGCCCUCACCCACUCUCUCCAGGCCUCUGUCGCCACUGUCUGUCCCAACAGCAGGUAACAGCCCCUUGGACAGUCCCCGGAACAUCUCUGCCUCAGCGGCCAUCAAUUUCCCCUUUGCCCGGAGCCACCUCUCUCAUGGUGACAGGGCUGACGGCAGAAGAUGGUCGCUUGCUUCUCUCCCAUCGUCCGGCUAUGGGACCAACACUCCCAGCUCCACUGUGUCGUCAAGCUCAUCCUCCCGGGAGCGUCUACACCAGCUUCCCUUCCAGCCUACGGCAGACGAACUGCGCUUCCUGUCCAAGCACUUCCGCAGCUCAGAAAGCGUCGUGGACGAGGACGGAGGCCGUUCUCCACGUUUGCGCCCACGUUCACGCAGCCUCAGCCCUGGACGCACAUCAGGAACCUUCGACAACGAGAUUGUGAUGAUGAACCACGUGUACCGAGAGCGCUUUCCCAAGGCCACGGCACAGAUGGAGGGCAGGCUGCAGGACUUCCUGGCGGCGUUUGCCCCUGGCGACCGCCUGGCGCUGGCCGACGGUGUCCUGGGCUUCAUCCACCACCAGAUCGUGGAGCUGGCGCGGGACUGCCUGGCCAAGUCGGGCGAGGCUCUGGUCACCUCCCGCUAUUUCCUGGAGAUGCAGGACAAACUGGAGCGGCUGCUGCAGGAUGCUCACGAACGGUCUGACAGCGCGGAGGUGGGCUUCAUCGUGCAGCUGGUCCGCAAGCUGCUCAUCAUUAUCUCGAGGCCAGCGAGGCUGCUGGAGUGCCUGGAAUUCGACCCUGAAGAAUUCUACCACUUGCUGGAGGCCGCAGAGGGCCAGGCCCGCGAGGACCAGGGUGUGAAGACCGAUCUGCCCCGCUAUAUUAUCCGCCAGCUGGGCCUCGCCAAGGACCCGCUGGAAGAGAUCCAGCCGCUGAACGACCUUGAGGAAGACCAGCCCCCAGCUCCGGGAUCCCCUGAGAGCCGAGGUCUGGGUGGUCCAUCUCGAAGGAAGCCGUGUGAGAGCGACUUUGAGACCAUCAAGCUCAUCAGCAAUGGCGCUUAUGGGGCCGUCUACCUGGUGCGGCACCGCGACACCCGGCAGCGCUUCGCCAUCAAGAAGAUCAACAAGCAGAAUCUGAUCCUGCGCAACCAGAUCCAGCAGGUGUUUGUGGAGCGCGACAUCCUCACCUUCGCCGAGAACCCGUUUGUGGUCGGCAUGUUCUGCUCCUUUGAGACCCGGCGCCACCUCUGCAUGGUCAUGGAGUAUGUGGAAGGCGGCGACUGCGCCACUCUCCUGAAGAACAUGGGCCCGCUGCCCGUGGACAUGGCACGCAUGUACUUCGCGGAGACCGUGCUGGCCCUGGAGUAUCUGCACAACUAUGGCAUCGUGCACCGGGACCUCAAGCCUGACAACCUGCUCAUCACCUCCCUUGGCCACAUCAAGCUGACGGACUUCGGCCUGUCCAAGAUCGGCCUCAUGAGCAUGGCCACCAAUCUGUACGAAGGUCACAUCGAGAAAGAUGCCCGAGAGUUUGUGGACAAGCAGGUGUGCGGGACUCCGGAGUACAUUGCGCCGGAGGUGAUCUUCCGCCAGGGCUACGGGAAGCCAGUGGACUGGUGGGCCAUGGGCGUGAUCCUGUAUGAGUUCCUUGUGGGCUGUGUGCCGUUCUUCGGGGACACGCCUGAGGAGUUGUUUGGACAGGUGGUCAGCGAUGAAAUCAUGUGGCCAGAGGGAGACGAGGCCCUUCCUCCUGACGCCCAGGAUCUCAUCACUAGGUUGCUGCGCCAGAGCCCAAUGGACAGGCUGGGAACUGGGGGCACCCAUGAGGUGAAACAGCAUCCCUUCUUCCUGGCCCUGGACUGGGCGGGACUCCUGAGACACAAGGCGGAGUUUGUCCCACAGCUUGAAGCUGAGGACGACACCAGCUACUUCGACACUCGCUCUGAGCGUUACCGCCACUUGGGCUCUGAGGACGACGAGACGAAUGAUGAAGAGUCUUCCACAGAGAUCCCCCAGUUUUCCUCCUGUUCCCACCGCUUCAGCAAGGUUUACAGCAGUUCCGAGUUCCUGGCUGUCCAGCCCACCCCCACCUUUGCAGAAAGGAGCUUCAGUGAGGACCGAGAGGAAGGGUGGGAACACAGCAGUGACGGCGACAGUGGCCGCCGGCUGAGCAUUGACCUGCGGCUGAGGUCGUGGACAUCUGCCGCUUCCUGUCAGCCAUCUUCCUGUCAGCCAUCUUCCUGUCAGCCUGACCGCGGUCCCAGCCCAGCUCUCCUAAGCACCAUCAGCUUGGACACGAUGCCCAGAUUUGCUUUCUCAUCUGAAGAGGAGGGAGCGGGUUCAGGGCCUGCUGCCCCCAAGAAGCCUGUUUUCAUCCUGGGGGAGCCUGACUCCCAACCCCCAACCACUCCAGUGACACCCAAACCCUGCAACCUUUCUGCUGACACAGCUGUCCUGAGCCACGCCCGCCUUCGAAGUAAUAGCACUGGCGCCCGGCACUCAACUCCUCGGCCCCUGGACGCAGGCAGAGGUCGCCGCCUGGGAGGCCCAAGAGACCCUGAGAAGCCCCGGGCCUCCCAUGGCAGCGGCGGGGGCCGAGUGCCUAAGUCAGCCUCGGUGUCCGCCCUGUCCCUCAUCAUCACGGCAGACGAUGGCAGCGGGGGCCCCCUCAUGAGCCCCUUGUCGCCCCGCUCGCUGUCCUCCAAUCCCUCCUCCCGAGACUCCUCACCCAGCCGGGACCCAUCACCUGUGUGUGGCAACCUGCGGCCCCCCAUCGUCAUCCACAGCUCCGGCAAGAAGUACGGCUUCAGCCUGCGCGCCAUUCGAGUCUACAUGGGCGACAGCGACGUGUACACAGUGCACCACGUGGUCUGGAGCGUGGAGGAGGGGAGCCCUGCUCAGGAGGCAGGACUGCGCGCUGGGGACCUUAUCACACACAUCAAUGGGGAGUCGGUCCUGGGCCUGGUCCACAUGGACGUGGUAGAGCUGCUGCUGAAGAGUGGUAACAAGAUCUCCCUGCGCACCACUGCCCUGGAGAACACCUCCAUCAAGGUGGGGCCCGCUCGCAAGAACGUGGCCAAGGGCCGAAUGGCCCGCAGGAGCAAGCGCAGCCGCCGGCGUGAGACCCAGGACCGGCGGAAGUCUCUGUUUAAGAGGAUCUCCAAGCCGGCUUCUGUGCUGCACACCAGCCGCAGCUUCUCCUCCGGUCUCCAGCACUCCCUGUCCUCCAGCGAGAGCCUCCCUGGAUCACCCACUCACAGCCUGUCCCCCAGUCCCACCACGCCCUGCCGUAGCCCUGCGCCCGACGCCCCAACAGACACAGCGUCCCCACCCAACGUGUCCCCAAGCUCCAGCAGCCCUGCCUCUCCAGCCACUGGCCACACCCGUCCCAGCUCACUGCAUGGCCUAGCGGCUAAGCUCGGGCCACCUCGUCACAAGAGCGGCCGCCGCAAGUCCACCAGCAGUAUUCCGCCAUCCCCCCUGGCCUGCCCGCCAGUGCCCACACCCCCGCCUCGCUCGCCGUCGCCUCUGCCGGGGCACAUCCCCACGCCCGCGCGCUCCCCUAGGCUGCGCAGGGGCCAGUCGGCAGACAAGCUGGGCCUAGGCACCAGUGAGCGGCUGGACGGGGACGGGGGCCGGCGCGGCCGGGGCGCGGAGGCCGAGCUGGUGGUCAUGAGGAGACUGCAUCUGUCCGAGCGCCGGGACUCCUUCAAAAAGCAGGAGGCGGUGCAGGAGGUGAGCUUCGAUGAGGAGCCUGGGCCGGCUCGGUCCGUGCCGAAGAUCGCCGUGCAGGGGGCGGAGGCCACGCCUGGAAAUUCAGGGCCAGCCACGAAAGACUGACCCGCUAGCCCAGGCCACAGUUCCUCAAGGAGCUGUCAUCUCCACAGUCACACCUGGAUGGGGUGCGGCCAUCACCCUGGGACACUUGGCCGGAGGGUGCCCCCACCCCCAAGGAGGGCUGGGAUGGGGUUGCCAGUGACUUGUAAAUAGCGGGCCCUCGCAACUAAUUUAUUACUUUUUAUAAGCAAUAGCCAGGCUGGUUGCCCUGGUGGAGGC